AUGGGCCUUGCCCACCAGGCCGUCGCCGCUGGCGUUGUCGGCUCCCCCGAGGGUUUCGCCAAGGGUGUUACUGGCGGUGGAUCCGCCACUCCCGUCUACCCCAAGACCAUUGCCGAGCUCACCAGCUACCUGACCGACAGCUCCGCUCGUGUCAUCAUGCUCGACCGCGAGUUCAACUACAAGGGCUCUGAGGGUACCACCACCACCACGGGCUGCCGUCCCGCCUCCAACAAGUGCCCCGGCAAUGGUGGCCAGGACGCCAUCAACCAGGCCUCCUGGUGCGACAACGGUAAUGCCGGUACGGGCUCCACCUCGAUCAGCGUCACCUACGACAAGGCUGCCCUGAGCCCCAUCAACGUUGCCUCCAACAAGUCCAUUGUCGGUGUUGGCUCCAAGGGUGUCAUCCGUGGCAAGGGUCUCCGCAUGGCCAACGGUGCCAAGAACGUCAUCAUCCAGAACAUCCACAUCACUGAGCUCAACCCCCAGUACAUCUGGGGUGGUGAUGCUAUCACUGUUGCCGGCUCUGACCUGAUCUGGGUUGACCACGUCAAGACCUCCCUCUGCGGUCGCCAGCACUUCGUUGCCGGCACCAACGCCUCCGGCCGUGUCACCAUCUCCUACUCCGAGUUCGACGGCAACACCAGCUGGUCCGCCACCUGCGACAACCACCACUACUGGCUCAUCUACCUGACCGGCUCCAACGACAUGAUCACCAUGAAGGGCAACUACAUCCACCACAGCUCCGGUCGUUCCCCCAAGGUCGGCGGCAACACCCUCCUCCACGCCGUCAACAACUACUUCUACGCCAACUCCGGCCACGCCUUCGACAUUGGCUCCUCCAACUCCAUGGCUCUCAUUGAGGGUAACGUCUUCCAGAACGUCGUCACUCCCCUUCUCGAGAACAAGGGCCAGGUCUUCGCCUCCGGUGGCUCCGCCUGCCAGGCUUCCCUCGGCCGCUCCUGCGUUGUCAACUCCUUCGGCUCCUCCGGCUCCCUUGUCGGUACCGAUACUGGCUUCCUCUCCAACUUCAAGGGCAAGAACAUUGCCUCCGCUUCCGCUGCUGGCAAGAAGGCCGCCGGUGUCGGUCUCAUCUAA